AUGCCUACACAAGCGAAAGCGAGACCUGAAAAACUCACUGCAAUAAGAAACUACUUACAAAACUUUGACUAUAAAAAUGAAAAAGAAAGCAUUAAUGGCUUCGUGGAGCUGCUCAAGGAUAUUGAUAUAAAAAUGGUGGUGUUUGAUUUCGACCUGACCAUAAUAGGAGCACAUUCAGGAGGGUACAUCGACAAGUCGAACGACAUAAAAAACAUAGGACUGGCUGUUACUAAUCACUUCAAAAUUUUUUCGAAGGCUUUGUACGAGAAUGGCAUUAAAAUUGCCGUCGCCACGUUCUCAGAUGACGAGGCCAUUAGCAGCAGAAGAGGAAAGUCCACAACUCUUAUUGCCGGUGAAGAUCUAGUCCAACACUGUAUAAAGAAAAGCAAGUGUGAAACUAAGAUAGAAAAAGUCUACGCAUACUACCCAUAUUACUAUAGAGAACCCAAAAAAUAUAAAGCCUUGGGGCUUCAAAAACCUAUGAGCAAUGACAAAUCGUUUCAUCUUGAGAAGAUACGACAAGAAUUUGAUGUAAACAUAGACGAGAUAAUAUUUAUUGAUGACGAUGUGAAGAACUGUGUUUCUGCCAAGAAAGAGGGGUACAUUACUUUUAACGUAACAGGAAAGGAUGGCUUUAAUUUCAAGAACAUAAAAAUUUUGUAG